ACCGUUUCUUAUUCAAUUCAAAGUGCUUCUUUCCACAAUUUUUUUAAUCAAGUUACCAUAAUCAAUAGCUUAUACCUUUCAACAGUUUUUUAAUCAAUUUACCGUAAACAAUAGCCAAUAUGGGAUGAGAUGCUCCCAUCAUAUCAUUUAAGCCAGGAAAAAAAUUCUAUGGUAUCAGAUCUGAGGUUUAACUACUAUAGGGUCUUGCAAGUCAUCAGCUUAGCUAGAAGGGGUUGAUUGUUGACCCCAAAAAAAAGAAGGGUAGUAGAUAAAAUAGCACAUAAUAGAGAGAAUGUUAAGCACAAAUUGCACUGAACUUGGAGAAGAAAUCAAGAGCUUAAUCAAGGUAUGGCUCAUAAUCAUAGCUUCUCUAUGUUACUCUUAUUUCAUAUCCUCAAAAAUACCCAAAGGCAUUUUCAGGUUUCUAUCCUUGUCCCCAAUUAUGUACAUCUUCACUAUCCUACCAUUUCAACUCUCCUUUGUCCUCCCAAUAGGUAUCACUUCCUUCCUUAUCACUUGGCUCACAAACUUCAAGCUCCUCCUUUUCACCUUUGAUUUGGGUCCUCUCUCUUCCAACCCAUCAAACUCACUUCCCCUCUUUCUCACCUUUGCUUGUUUCCCAAUUAGAAUCACCCAAAAACUAAAACACCCACUUAACCAAAACCCAUCAAAAUUCCAUCUUUUGCUUCCAAUGAAGGCCAUGCUUUUAUUUUUUCUCUUGAUGGGUCUAAAAAAUGACCCCCAAAAAAAGCAAGAUAUGUACAUUUACUCUUCAUUUAUUAUUGUGUGCCUCUAUUGUAGCCUCAUAUAUUUAUUAUUAGAUCUUGUUUGGGGACUUUGUAACAUUUUAAUUAAUGCUUCAAUUGGGAUUGAGCUUGAAUUACCGUUUGAUGAGCCUUAUUUGUCCACUUCAUUGGGCGAUUUUUGGGGGAAAAGGUGGAACCUCAUUGUAACAUAUAUUCUGCGACACACUGUAUACAUUCCCGUGAAAACAUUAAUGUCCAAAACAUUAUUGGGCCCCCAAUGGGCUUCACUGCCUGGAAUCAUCGCAUCUUUUUGGGUAUCUGGGCUUAUGCAUGAGUUGAUAUUUUAUUAUGUCACACGUGUUACUCCCACGUGGGAGGUCACGUGCUUCUUUUUGCUUCAUGGAGUGUGUGUGGUUGUGGAGAUAGGUGUGAUGAAGUUGCUGGGCUUUAAGAGGAGGGUCCAUUGGGCCAUAUCCGGGCCCAUUAUUGUUGGGUUUGUGGUGUCCACUUCUGCAUGGCUAUUCUUUCCACCGAUAAUACGUGAUGGUGCUGACCAGAGAGCUAUUGAGGAGUUCAACAAUGUUGUUGAUUGUGUAAUGGAAAAGUUUUAGGGGCUACUUUCUCCACUUAACACUAGUUUAAAUGUAUGUAUUUGAAAGAAAGAAAAAAAACCAUAACCUACUCUAUGUCCUAAGUAUUAAGUUUCAUUCGAUUGGAUUGGAUUACAUGUUCAAGUA